UUAAGAGAUUUUAUAUACCUAGCUCAAAUAUUUCCAUUGAUGAGAUGAUUGUACGCUUCUCCAGGCGAAGUGCCCACACAGUAAGGAUGAAAAACAAACCGACACCAGAAGGCUACAAAAUAAUCUCACUUUGUGAUCGUGGAUAUACAUGGGUAUUUUUGUUUACUUCGCGUGUUAAAAAAAAUAUAUCUUUAGAAUCUAUUCCCGGCCUUAGUAAUACAGGAAGCAUG